AGGUGUGCCGUCCCCCCCUCCUAUCAUCAUCACCAUCAUCGCUCCCAAGCCCACUCCUUCCACGCUCCCUCGUACGACCGUCCCGUUCACGAACGUCCCGCCUACGACCGUCCGCCCCUCAACCGUCCGCCCCUCAACCGUCCUUCCUUCAACCGUCCCUCCUUCAACCGGCCUUCCUUCGACCGUCCAUCCUUCGACCCUCCCUCGUUCAAACUUACCCCGCACGAGCGUCCCGUCUACGAGCGCCCCUCACACGACCGUUCAUCCCAAGACCGCUGGAACCCCCAUCUCAGUGUGAACCCCGGAAAUCAGAGCUACAUGUUGGACCAGGAGGAGGUACACCCUUUGCUGAUGCGCGAGCGGCGCUCAGAGUCUCACAGGAACAAGCUGCUGCGGCGGACAGUCAGCGUUCCUGUUGAUGGAAGGCAACAUCCCGAGAUGGAUCAUCGCGCCCGGCGGAAGAGCAUAGCCACUGGGAAGCAGCCCAGCAUGGAGAUCCCUCCCAGUGCCCCAAUUCAACCCUUCCGACAAUCCAGCUUUCUCAGCAGAAGGUUGAAGGGCUCGAUCAAGAGGGCUAAGAGUCAGCCCAAACUGGACCGAACCAGCAGUUUCCGCCACAUGAUCCUCCCCCGCUUCCGCAGUGCCGACCAAGACAGGACCCGUUUGAUGCAGAGCUUCAAAGAGUCGCACUCCCAUGAGUCCUUGCUGUCCCCGAGCAGCGCUGCCGAAGCUCUGGACCUCACCCUGGAUGAGGACGCCGUUAUCAAACCUGUCCACUCGAGCAUCCUGGGACAAGAGUACUGCUUUGAGGUGACUACGGCAUCGGGAACCAAGUGCUUUGCGUGUCGCUCAGCUGCAGAGAGAGACAAAUGGAUCGAGAACCUGCAGAGAGCUGUCAAGCCCAACAAGGACAACAGCAGGAGGGUGGACAAUGUGCUCAAACUGUGGAUCAUCGAGGCCCGCGAGCUUCCAGCCAAGAAACGCUACUACUGCGAACUUUGUCUGGACGACAUGCUGUACGCACGCACCACCAGCAAACCCCGCACCGACACCGUUUUCUGGGGCGAGCAUUUUGAGUUCAACAACCUGCCAGCUGUCCGCAACCUACGCCUUCAUCUAUACAAGGAGACAGACAAGAAGAGACGCAAGGAAAAGAGCACAUACUUAGGACUGGUCAGCAUCCCCAUCUCGAGCAUCACUGGACGUCAGUUUGUGGAGCAGUGGUACCCGCUCAUCCAGCCCAGCGUCCUCACAAAGGGAGCCGGUGGGGGGGGCGGGAAGAUCAUCAACGCAUCCCUACGCCUCAAAUCACGCUUCCAGACCAUGAACAUCCUGCCCAUGGAGCUGUAUAAGGAGUUUGCAGAGUACGUCACCAAUAACUACCGCACCCUGUGUGCUGUGCUGGAGCCCGUGCUGAGUGUGAAGAGCAAAGAGGAAGUGGCCUGUGCGUUGGUGCAUAUACUGCAGAGCACAGGGAAAGCUAAGGACUUCCUGUCAGACAUGGCGAUGUGCGAGGUAGACAGAUUCAUCGACCGAGAACACCUUAUCUUCAGAGAGAACACUCUGGCCACCAAAGCCAUAGAAGAGUACCUCAAACUGAUCGGACAUAAGUACCUCAAGGACGCUAUAGGGGAGUUCAUAAGGGCCUUGUAUGAGUCAGAGGAAAAUUGCGAAGUGGACCCCAUGAGAACCCCACCCUCCGUGCUCCCAGACCACCAAGCCAAUCUCCGAAUGUGCUGUGAACUAGCACUCUGCAAGAUCGUUAACUCCCAUUGUGUUUUCCCUCGAGAGCUAAAGGAAGUUUUUGCCUCGUGGAGAGUGCGUUGUGCAGAGAGAGGUCGGGAAGACAUCGCUGACCGUCUCAUCAGUGGUUCCCUCUUCUUGCGCUUCCUGUGUCCUGCCAUCAUGUCCCCAUCGCUCUUCAACCUCACCCAGGAGUAUCCCGAUGAACAGACGUCUCGCACACUCACCCUUAUCGCCAAAGUAGUGCAAAACCUGGCUAACUUCUCCAAGUUUGGCAAUAAAGAAGAGUACAUGGGUUUCAUGAAUGAGUUUUUAGAGAUGGAGUGGGGCUCCAUGCAGCAGUUUCUGUAUGAGAUCUCCAACCUGGACAGUGUGAGCAAUGCGGGCGGCUUUGAGGGAUACAUCGACCUGGGCAGGGAGCUGUCCAUCCUGCACAGCCUCCUCUGGGAGGUCAUCGCUCAGCUCAGCAAGGAUGCCAUCAUCAAACUGGGUCCUUUGCCCCGCCUCCUGAAUGACAUCAGUAUGGCCUUGCGUAACCCUCACCUCCAGAGGCAGCCCAGCCAUCAGACAGACAGGGUGGUGGAGCGGCAGGCCGACAGGCUGCUGUCCCGGCCCAGCUUCAACAGGGGCAUCUCGUCCGAGUUCCAAAAUCUAAUGAUGAGGGAUCUGAAUAGCUCUAUAGAUAUCACUCGCUUGCCUUCCCCCACCUCCACCGGAGGGGUCAUGCCAUCCCGCUCCCAGAUGAAUUUCCAGGACCGUGACCACCUCCAUCGAGUGCCCUCCAAAGACAUGUUUUACGUAUCCCGUCCUCCCCUGGCCCGAUCCAGCCCGGCCUACUGCACGAGCAGCUCGGACAUCACAGAACCAGACCCUAAGGCCUCCAUCGCCGGCAUGGGCAGCUUCGGAGGGCUGAGCAGCGGAGGCGGUGGCGGCCUGGGGUCCGGCCUGAGCAGCCAGCUGCGGGCCGGUGGGAGGUUGUCAGCUGGCUCUGGCGGCUCCAGCAUGUCCGGCGGCCUACGGCUGAGCCAGCUGAGCCAGAUGGGCAACACCACCGACUCGCUAUCCCAGCAGCAGCAACAGCAGGCCGCCGCCAUGCGCUACCCGCUUUCCUUCCAGAAUCCCCUCUUUCAUCUGGCGACUGCUGACGGGCCCCAGCAGCCACAGCUCCACCACCAGCACAGCCGGGCUCCACCUCCAGCGCCGCUGCUCCUGACCCCAGAGCCCGACCCCUCUCACCCGAACUACAUGCCACAGUUCGCCCACGGGGGGUUCUCUCGCAGCGAGGACCUGUCCACCCUCAGGACCAGGGACGGCCACCUGGGCCAACCCAGCAUCAUCCACUCUCACAGCUACAGCGACGACUACAGCAGGGCCGACUACGGACGCAGGCAGAUGUCCAUGCAUGCGCAGGAUAACCUCCAACCACAACAACAAAUGAUGGGUAUAGCCAACCAGACAGGAACCUCACACUCCUCCCUGGCUGCCACACCCCCCACCACAGUCCUACCCAUGCGCCAGAGUUCUGUGGCCCCGCCUCCCACCCAGCGCGUCAGGUCCCAGACGUCCCACCAGCUGUCCGUCAGUGCGGCAGCUGCACCUGCUGCUCUGGCAAAGACUCGGCCGCCGAGCGCGAACCUCCUCCAGUCGCCGGAGACGGGCUACGCCGGCAGGCAGCACGGGCCCCGGCAGCUGUCCGUCAAAGACAACACCGCCCCGGGCCUGCCCCACCAGCAGAGCUCUGUCAGGGAGAACCAGAGUCCGCAGGGAACCACCACUCAGAGCGCUCAACAGUCACCACAGCAACAGCAACAGUCUCAGCACCUGCUCAAACCCACCAUGAGCAAACAGGGCUCCCAGACUCCAUCCACUCUCAAUCCCCCGACCCCAGCCAAUGAGCGAACAGUGGCCUGGGUCUCCAACAUGCCUCAUCUGUCGGCUGACGUUGAAAGUUCGCGGAUUGACCGUGAAGAGUUCAAACUGAAGGAGUACUCAAAGAGCAUGGAUGAGUCACGCAUGGACAGGGUAAAGGAGUACGAGGAGGAGAUCACCUCCCUGAAGGGCCGCCUGGUGAUGUCCCACCAAAAGCUGGAGGAGUACGAGCGGAGGCUCCUCACGCAGGAGCAGCAGACCAAUAAGAUCCUCCUUCAGUACCAAAAUCGACUGGAUGACAGUGAGAGGAAGCUACGGGCACAGCAAGUGGAGAAAGACUCCCAAAUUAAAGGAAUAAUUAGCAGACUCAUGGCUGUGGAGGAUGAGAUAAGGGGAGGACCCAUGAUUGAGACAAAAACCAGGAUUUUCCCUGAUCAGGAAAACCAGCUUUCCUCCCUGGGUUACGCAGACCCCGGUGUGAGAACUGAAGGUGGAGGGGGAGGAGGAGGAGGAGGAGGAGGAAGAGGAGGAGGAGGAGGAGGAGGAGCGCUAACCGACGAUCAAGGCCUCCGAGUUUCUUCCUCGGGCAUUUCCUCUGACAGCUCGCCCCACAAUGGAGUCCUCCCCCAAACUGUAGACCCUCCCUCUCUACCCACUCCUCAUCAACAUCCUAGUCAGAAUGGAGAGCUCCCUGGCAACCAAACAUCCUCCCCCAUGACAACCUCACAGGCAACUGGAACCACGGCAACAGCAGCUACAGUCAUAGCAGAAGAAGGGGGAGUAGGUCAAACACAACACUGAGCCAAAUCAGAGAGAGGUGACACACAGCUGUCCUGGCUUUAUCCCCCUAUUUAGAUAAUGCUCUGAAAAUGAUCCGUAGAUAUUCUUAUUCCCGUGGCAAGAGAGAGAAGAAAAAGUGUGCAGGAGACGAGUCGUAAUCAUUCAGCUACUGUACAGUGCAUAUCACAUGAACACACAACACAAAGGGCUCUUCACUGGACACUUGUUCUCUUGAUGCUCACAUGGAGCUGCAGUAAGUAUCAGUCUUGCAGGACAAGAUUAUGAUACCUUAUCACGUAACUCUUAGAAUUAGUCAAACGAAGCAUUUGACGUACAAGUCGACAUGUGAACACCUGCUCUGUGCACUCAUUGCCCGGCUGUGGCUUCAUGAGAAAUCAAUACAUGUAAACAACAAGCACUAUAGAAUGUCUUGCACCCCAAUGACUUCAUAGUAGCCAUUAGCAAGCGCUAUAAGCUAGCUUAUAGUAACCCCUUGACUCCCGUGGAUGUAGGUGCGUUAAUUUUACCUAUAUCUGAA